AUGCGAGCAUCGAAUGCGGCUUUGUGUGUCCUUCUCAUCUUGACAGGAUGCCAACUUGAAGGAAGCAGGAAAUACACCAGCAAAUUCAACCCGAUAGUAUGCGAUGAUGGUUGCGUUUCAAAGUCUAGGAUUACACCACUCAACGGUCAGAAAGAAUUCCAUAGCCAUCAACGCCCCAGCUACUAUCCUGAUUCGUCCGCUUUGCAAAGUCGACUUUCGUGGUCGUCGGUGCCAAGAGCGGAUAAGAUGCACAACGAAACAUUUGUACAUCGACAGAAACGAACUCCUCUGAAAAGCAACCAGCCUAUUGUCUUUUUGGACGUAGGUCCGCAGAAGACAUCCACUUCGGGUAUUCAGAGCUUUCUGGCGGACAACGAAGACGGAUUGAAGCUGCAUGAUAAUAUCACUCUACCUGCGCCUUUCCCUAUAAGAAUUGGUAACUCCACAAAAAUGCUGAGGUUUAUAAACUCGAGACAUUUAAUCUUUUGCUUCUCCAGUAAAGAGACUAGGCCCAAGCAAUGGAGACAAUACCUGAGCUUAUCCCCCCCUCUCUUUCAUUGUGAGGAGGUUUUGAGCGCAUUUCUCGACUUUGUCCGCACCGCACGAGCAAGUUCCAAAAACAUUCUCAUGUCGGUCGAGUGCUUGUCAUUUUUAAACGCUGCGCAGAUCCAGCACUUUGUCAAAACCUGCUUUGUGGGAUGGGAAAUUCGAGUCAUAGUCGUUUACCGCCGUUUUGAUGAGUGGCUUCCAAGUUUUCACUUUCAAGAUACACGAAGUGAUCGGGCUCAUUUACGCUCCACGCUGGUGGAAUAUCUGGACAGCCCGGAGAGUCUACAUGCAGCCGAGUUUGCGUACAGCCAUGCAGUGGCCCAGCGAUACCGGAGUAUCGAUCCUAAUCUCACGAUGUUGAAUUUUCACCACAUAGACAGUAAUCGCAGUCUGAUAGAGGAAUUCCUCUGUCGUGGGUUGCAGGGUCUGGCACCGCAUACGUGCCGUAUCGCGGAGAAAUGUGUCGCUCCCAAGGAGAAUUCUGGAUAUUCGUUGGACGCCGGAUUCGUAUUGGCCGUAGCCUUGAAAAAGAAUUUGCUGUCACGAAACGACAGAGUCACCAACGGUACCAUCUCACUCCAGUACGAAAAGCUGUUGUUCGAAAGUAUCGACCAAAAGCUGCAAGAAAGUACGAAUCUUCCGUUUUUUUGUGCGACAGAGCCUGUCCAGCAGUACAUCAGGAACCGGACCAUGGAAUGGUUUCCAUUCGAUCUAGAUUUUUUAGCCGCGAAACAAAGCACAGGAUACAACAAAAAUCGCCCGCCCUUUUGCUCCUUGGAUGCAUCAGCACUUUGUGAGCGUGACGAUUGGCAAUUGUUUCUUCGUGGACUUUAA